GCUUGCACACAGUGAAAUCCAUUCAGAAAACUUCAUUCAUAAAAAAAGAAAAGAAACGGCAACGUUCUUUCUUUAAUAUUUCAUGGAAAUAGGUCGUCAUAACCUGGAGAUGAAAAAACGCUGAGAGAUGACUCCAGAGAAUGGUGGAGAGACUUUCCUGCAAUGUUUCUGUUGGUGAUGCUGAAGAUCUGAAGUCCUGCUGUGCCGGAGCAUCAAUCUAUGUGGAGUAUUUUUUGGAUUACUAUGCUACUGAGGGGUCUUGAAGGAUGAGCAAGGUUUUUGCAGAUAGAAACUGAGUUUUGUUUGCAGAACUCAUCAACCUGGACUUCUUCCCCCAAGCUGCUUUUGUUGGAUUUUUUUUUUAAUUUCAGAGAAGUGCUUUUUCCCCCCUCAACAGAUCAAGUCACUGUUAAUCUACUCAGAACAAGGCUACUUUCUUUAAAAAAAAAAAAAACACCCUUGCUGUUGUUCAUCGGGAAAGGGUAGAGUUUUUGGGUUUCUUGUUGUGUUUUUGUCCGAAGUACUUUCUCUUAAUUUAUUUUUUAAGGCAGUCAGGUCUUUAACAUUAAUCAUACACAGAGUCAUGGCAGUGAGCGUUUAAAACUGAGGAGAAUUUUGAGUUUGCUUGCUUGAAAGUAUUGUGGCUGUUCAGAUCAAACAGCCAUAGCUUUUCUGGGAUGUGCUACAUGUGUGUUUCACUUUGAUUUAAUUUCAAAUAACCAAAUGACCGGACAAAAUGAAACAGGGUUUAUGAAGAGGAAGAAGCAUUCUGAGGAUCUCUUGAGAGCACCCAGAGUGACUAAUCGUGUUUUCUUAUUUUUUCUAUUCAAAAUUAUUCUGAUCUGUUUAGUUCCAUAUUUUUUUUGGUCAUUCAUAAGAAGGCAGAUAAGUUAAGGGUGGAGGAGGAGAAGAUUUAGUUACAGAACUUUGCAGGCUAUGAGAGAAUUCAUUCCAUACAGCUUCAGUGGACAGCUACUGGAUGUAGGAUUGCCAAGAGAAGCAGGAAUGCUCCACAGGACUAAAUAUAGUCGUUUUAGAAAUGAGUCCCUCACAUCGCUGGAGGAAGACACAUCAAGUGAUCUUCUUCGUCUGAAGGGCUCUUCAGCUUCUCCUUCCACUACACCUAACAUACCCACUGAAGAUGUCACGGUUGGUACCUCGGACAGCUCCAUCUCUUUGUGCACCUUGGUACCUCGCAUGGCAAAUGUUAAGUUGGCCAACCCUUCCACCUUACCAUCCCUGAAGAACUUCUGCCUACGAACUAAAGAGGUGUCAAGACUUAAACUCACGGAAUGCGUCACUGUCCCGACCAGACCAGCCUUGCCAGAAAUCAGGUUAAGCAGCUGCCUGUCUACUGCUUAUUCCCAAGGAGACCCAGACAAGGCAUUCAGGUCAAACACAAACAUCCAAGAGAACUGUAUUUUGUUAGGUUUGGACGAAUCUGCCUUCCUGUCUAAACCAAGCAAAGAUCUUGGACAAAAGGGUGAAUCCAGUUUGGACACUGGGAUAUCAUAUGCUGCCCGCUAUAUGGGCUGCAUUGAAGUAUUGCAAUCAAUGAGGUCUUUGGAUUUUGGCACUCGGACGCAAGUGACCAGGGAAGCAAUAAGUCGUCUGUGUGAAGCUGUGCCAGGAAUACAUGGGAACACAAAAAAACGGAAGCCUCCAGCUAAAUUUCUCUCUCCUGUGCUUGGCAAAAGUAAUCUUCAGUUUUCCGGCACACAUAUAAAACUGACCAUCUCAACAACCAGUCUUACUUUACUGAACACUGACAGCCAGCAGAUUAUUGCAAACCAUCAUAUGCAGUCCAUUUCAUUUGCCUCUGGAGGGGAUCCAGAUACUACAGAUUAUGUUGCCUAUGUGGCUAAAGAUCCUGUGAAUCAAAGAGCAUGCCAUAUUUUGGAAUGUCCCUGUGGAAUAGCCCAAGAAGUCAUCAAUACUAUCGGGCAAGCUUUUGAACUCCGGUUCAAACAAUACUUGAAGGUUCCUUCUGCUUUGAUUACUUCCAAAGAAAGAGAAGGGGUGAGCCUUGGUGGAUCUACCUGGAAUAUUCAAGAUAAGGAAGAUUGUGGAUACUAUAACGAAAUCCCUGGAAAGGAGCCUCCCAUGGGUGGACUUUCAGAUGCCAGGCUGAAGAUAGUCCCAGAAGAAAGACUCAACCGUCCCAUCCAUUGGGAACAGCAACAAUGUCUAGAUGAUGAUCCCAAUUCCAAACAGCUUUAUGAAAACUGCCCAGAUGAACACAGAGCAGUAGAUAUCAGCAAACCAGCUCAGGCAGCAGAUAAAGAUGCUCUGUUGCUGAAAAGUAGCAGCAAAGUGGAUCUUUUUGAUGACCCUCGAUAUAUCAAUACUCAAAACUUACAAGCUACAUCAGAAUCAUUGGAAACUGUAGAGCAGGAAGUAUUCAGCAAGAUGGCAGGCCUUGGAUGCAUCAUGGAUACAAAGCCACGGCUUUGGAAUGAGGAAUGCUACCAUGGGAAGUUAUCCAGGAAAGCAGCAGAGAGUCUCUUAAUGAACAAUGGAGACUUUCUGGUACGGGAAAGUACCACAUCACCUGGCCAGUAUGUCCUGAGUGGACUGCAGGGAGGACAAGUGAAGCAUCUGUUGUUGGUGGAUCCUGAAGGCAAGGUUAGAACCAAAGAUCAUAUAUUUGAUAGUGUGGAUCAUCUUAUCCGCUACCAUAUGGAAAACAAAUUGCCAAUCAUCUCCUCUGGAAGUGAAUUAAGGCUGUGCCAGCCUGUAAGAAAAGGGUUAGGGCAGCUGCGUUCUAACGAAUAAUUCCGUUGGCUCACAUCCUUCUCAAGGCAACUCUUUCUUCGCAGAUCCUAAAUAUCCCUAGUGACUAUUCUGGACUCAGUUCCUGCGCAUACAAUUCUACAAAGAAUAGGAGACAUCUCUUGAUAUGGUUACAGAAGAAUUCUU